AUGUCAGACGGACCAAAAUCACUCGAGGGUAAGAAAUACCCAGCAAAAAAGCAUGCUCAAAAUGUGCUUUCUCAUUUGAAGAAGAAAAACUCCACCAAAGCCCAAACUGUGUCAUUUUUUAUAAGUGGGGAAGACUUGGAGUUGUACAAAUAUUGCGACCAAACAAGACCAUUUAGACAAAAUAGAUACUUUUUUUACUUGACAGGGAACAACAUUCCAGGAUCGCAUGUUUUGUAUGAAAGUGAAAAGGACAAAUUGACUAUUUACUUGCCCAAUGUGGACAAAGAGGAUAUUAUGUGGUCGGGGUUACCAUUGUCUAAGGAAGAGGCUGCAAAAAAGUUUGACGCAGAUGAAAUCAAGUACGCUGCCGACGUUGCAGGUGACUUAAAGAGCUUGAAAAAUAGGGCAUACACAACUGACAUUAACAAAUUCAACCUCGACUACAGUUCGUUUUUAGUUGAGAAGGAUGCGGACUUUUUUUACGCUCUAGAUGAAGCCCGUGCGUUUAAAGACGAGUAUGAGGUUGAAUUGAUGAGACACGCUGCCAAGAUAACCGACAAUUGUCACCUUGCAGUUAUGUCAGCCUUGCCCAUUGAGACCAAGGAGACUCAUAUUCAUGCUGAAUUUAUGUAUCAUGCGUUACGUCAGGGAUCUAAAAAUCAAUCGUACGAUCCUAUAUGUUGUAGUGGAGAGACAUGUUCCACGUUGCAUUGGGUCAAAAAUGAUGGCGAUAUAACUCCCGACAAACGGUCUGUUUUGAUUGAUGCUGGAGCAGAAUGGGACUGUUACGCUAGUGACGUUACUAGAUGCUUCCCUGUGAAUGGAGAGUGGACAAAAGAACAUUUGGAUAUCUAUAAUCUUGUUUUGAAGAUGCAAGAGGAGGUUUACAAGUCGAUGAAACCAGGUGUUGACUGGGAAGACCUUCAUCUCAAAGCACAUCGUGUAUUGAUUGAAGGGUUUCAGCAAUUAGGCAUCUUCAAAGAGGAGUAUUCUGUGGACGAAAUUUUCAAUGCCAAAGCAAGUGCAAGAUUUUUCCCCCAUGGUUUGGGUCAUAUGUUGGGUAUGGAUACACAUGACACUGCUGGGUAUGCCAACUACUCUGACCCCGACCCUCUUUUGUGCUAUUUGAGAAUUAGGAGAAAGCUUGAACCAAACAUGGUUGUAACCAAUGAACCAGGGUGCUAUUUUUCCCCUUUCUUAUUAGAGGAGACUUUGAAUGAUCCAUCAAGGAACAAAUACAUCAACAAGGAUAUCUUGGAUAAGUACUGGUAUGUGGGCGGUGUGAGAAUAGAAGAUGACGUUUUAAUCACCAAAGAUGGUUACGAAAUCUUUACGAAAAUUACCAAAGAUCCUAAGGAAAUUAGCAAAAUAGUCAAAGCAGGAUUCGAAAGGGGUACCAACAGUUUUCACAAUAUUGUAUAG